UGGCUCAAGGGCGCCAGCCGCGCCCGCUGCUGGCUGCCGGCGGGGGGCCAUGGCGGCGGCCUCACACUGAUGCAUGACCCGCUGUCUGCAUGGGAGGCGCGAGAUGGCGCCCAGAAUUCGCUCCGCGGGGCUGCUGGCGGCUGCCUGCGCCGUGGCGCCCGCUGCGCAGGCCGCCAGGGCCGCCGCCGAGCAGCUGGUCCUGCAGCCCCUCGAGGAUCCGCUCGCCGUGUGCAGCGACGGGAGCCCUGCUGGCUACUACUGGGGCCGCGCCCCGACGGAGGAGGGCUCCAGGCUGUGGAUCGUCUACCUUGAGGGCGGCGGCUGGUGCUACGACGCCGGCAGCUGCGGACGGCGCUGCCCCAAGGGCACGGCGUCGCCGCUGUGCAGCUCGAAGGGGUGGGCCUCACAGCUGGCGCUCGGCGACUACCCGUGCGGGCCCGGCUCCCCCGACGAGUUGUGCGGCAUCUUCGCCCCCGCAAGCGGCUCGCGCCUGCGGGAUGCCAACAAGGUUUAUGUACGCUACUGCUCCUCCGACGCCUUCAUGGGCGACUCUAGCGCCUUCGGCAUGGAGUUCCGCGGCACGCGCAUCGUGGCCGCGGUGCUCCGGGAUCUCGCCAGCCGGCGCGCGCUCGGCCUCGCGCGCGAGGGCGCCGAGGACAUGCUGCUCUUCGGCGGCGGCUCUGCUGGAGCGCGGGGCGCGCUGGUGCACCUGGAUUACGUCAAGUCAAUGCUGAAAAUCCCCGACGCCUCCAACCUGGUGGUGAAGGGGUUCUUCGAUUCCCCGCUUUGGUUGGACACUGAGCCCUUCAAGGGGAGCAGCCAGCAGAGGGCCGGGCGCCACCACCCCGCCGAGCUCAGCUUCCCCGAACAGGCCCGCAGGGUGUUCGAGUACGCCAAUGUCGGGCACUUGGGCCGCGACUGCGAGAGGAGGCACCGCGCGGACUCCGCGUGGAAGUGCACCUUCGGGCAGUACAGGCUCCCCUCCGUAGAGACCCCCUACCUGCUGGUGGCCUCGCAGUACGACGAGUUCCAACUCAGCGCCUACGUCGGGCACCGCCCGAGGGGCCGCGAGGAGACAGCGUACGCCAAGCGGCUCGCCCACGAGACGGUGGCCGUCCUGUGGGAGCUCAUAUCGCCCGACCGCGUGCUGCUCUCCUGGGCUUGUUGGAGCCACAUGCUGAGCACGCAGGACCGAUUCAGUGAAGACCUGUUCCAUCAGCGGGUCACGAUGCUCGACGCGGUGGAGCAGUUCCUUGGCCUCGCCCCCGCCUCCAGCGAUCUCUACUGGAUCGACACGUGCGAGGGCGUCGACUGCGGCAGGUGCGCGGCGAGCCCGAGGAUGGCGGAGCAGCCUCGCCUCACGGCGGCGCCGACGAGCCCGCCGGCCUCGACCGCUACCGCCACAACUGGGACCCCGACCGCCACGGCAACGACGAACACCUGGACCGCCACCGCCACGACGCGCACCUCGACAGCGAUGACCACGACCAUCACAACCACCCUGUCGACAGCGAGCUCCACCGCGACGCCAACGGCCACCACCCUGUCGUCAACGGCUACCACCAUGUCGUCAACGGCUACAUCCGAGUCGACGACAGCCACCGCCACAAGCACGACCGCCAUUUCCCUGAGAGUACUGGCCGAUGCGGUCCUCGGGUCGGGCGCCGAAGACCUUGAGGAGCCGCCACCGACCAGCCCAGCGGCGGCGCAGCUUCUGGGCGCCCCGGCGCGGUCGGCGUCGCUGCCCGUGGAGGGCCCGCCGGCCCGCGCACGCGAGCGGAGCGGGCGCUUCAUGCUGGCCGGAGCCCUCGCGUGCCUCUUGCUGUUGCCCAGCGCCUGGGUCUGCGUCCGCUGCACGGUGCCCGGCGCGGGGUGGUCGAGCUUCGUCGACGCGAACACGCGCGCGGCCGACGCGUACUCGCUGGUGCGGCAGGACGGCGCGGCCGAGGACCGCGACCGAGAGGACGGCCGCUGGACGUCGGACGAGGACUUCUGGAGGUGGAGCCGGGCCGCCGUGGGCCUGCCGGAGCCGAGGAGCGGCAGCCGCGAGGGCGCCUUGGAGGAGAGCGCGCGAAGCCCCCGCGGCUGCCGGCGCGGCGCCAAGCCGCCCACGUCGCGAACCGUGACUUCCUACGUGCAGGUCUGCAGAGGCGACGUCGUCGAUUUCGACGACAUGGCCAGGGACAUGGAGACAUCUCGGCCUUCGAUUCCGGCGUCGAAGCCUCCGGUCGGGGUGGGCCGCCUGGUCGAGCUGUGGAGCCUUUUCGUGGCCGAGGAGCCGCACGGCCCCCCGCGCGUCUCCACCGGGGCGCGGGCGCAGGCGACUGACGGUUGGUGGCCCGGCAGUUAGAUCAAGAAGGCUGAGGAGUUCGUGACCGCCGCUUUCUCCGCCUGCUCCGCCUCCUGUCCCUCCUCCGCCCCCUUCGCCUCUCGCCCUCUUCCUGCCCCGCGCUCGGCGGCCUGCCGCCGCGGCGCGUCCUCGCGCGCCUGCGCGAGCGCGCGCCUGCGCGCGCGCGAGGCAGGCGGCACGCGAGGGGGAAACAAAAAAAAGUGAGGGUGA